GGGGCCGCCAUUACGGCAGGUUGUUGUUCCUCGGACGACUAGACAAAUGCCUUAGCAAGAAAAGGAAUCAAGUUAUGGGAAUUCCCGGAAUUUUUAUUAUUGCAUACUAGACAUAUCCCUGGCGCCGCUGAACAACAUGCGAGUCAAGAUCCAUAUCCUCUUUUGUUACAUUACCUAUAAGAGCUUUGGUACAGCAAUGGCAAGAUUUCACUCUAAGAACUUUUUUAGGUCCAAUUGCUAUACGAUGACUGCUACUACUCUAAGUAUAUCAUACUUUUGAGGUCUUUUCACAAAUUGUUGGCGUUUAUCUUUGAAAUUGUAUAAUCAAAUACACAACUUUUAGAUGGUAUAAUUAUAUAAACGUACAGGCCAAAAACAGAUCUAUCCUGGAGACUUUUUGAGCUAUCCCCAUUGUUAUAACUAUUUUUCAGGAAUGACACGGGUAUCCUUCUCCCGCAGAUGCAGACAAAGGCCGCUGCUACUAACGCUGUGUAGCUCUCUGAAAAUCUUCUAUAAGACGGAGGAAUAACGCAAGUUUUAUAUAGAUUCCAGCCAGACCUUAGAUCCAAUUACUUUCAGAGGAUACAUUUUUCGAGGCUAUGUCUGGUUAUAUGUGAAUCGAGGAUACACUGCCGAAAGUUUCGUGGCGGUAAAGCAGCAGCGCCUGCGGCUAAAAUGGGAACCACAACUAGUUAGUUAACUACUUGAAAGUCUCUAAGCGCGAAGUUUGCCAACGUCCUCAAAACCAAGACAAGUCACCGCCGCGACUUGACCAACCACGCUUACGCCCAAUAUGACGAAGACGAUCGAAGUCACGUCCAUAGAGGAGUUCAUAGCACUGCUAUCAACGACUCCUGUUCUAAUAGCGGACUGUAAGAUGUCCCUUCUUCCCCCAAAGCUCUCCGAGCUUGCCCCUCGUUACCCCACUAACUUCAACAUCAACAAUGUUGAAAUAACUGCCCUUCUCUCAACUAUCCAUAUUUCAACAUAAAACUAAGCAUUUUGCUUUCCUAUAGUCUAUGCGGACUGGUGCGGACCAUGUAAAGCAAUAGCCCCGGUAUUUGGCAGCCUGUCGGAGCAGCAUGCUGGUGAAAAAGUGAAGUUCGCAAAGGUCAACGUGGACAAGCAAGAAGAUAUCGCAAGGCUCUUCAAUAUCACAGCUAUGCCCACAUUCAUUGUUUACCAUCACGGCGAAAUCCUACGAGAGGUAAAGGGAGCGGGAAAAGAAGCCCUCACCACUGCAGUUAUGGCUGGCGUGCAGGUUGCCAACGGCGAAGUCCCUACAGCGUCGAAGGAAAUAAGUGAUGAAGGUUCGACCUGGCUAGGUGCUCCUGCCCCGCGAACUUAUCAGGACAUUACAGAUGAAGUAGAAGUGAAGGGCAUAGAUAUGCUUAACCGUGACGACGAAGCCGGUGCUGCAAGAAGUUUGUUCGACAGCCAGAUUCCCCGUACCCUUGCCGUAGCAAAUGCUAAGGGCAAAGAAAAUGAACCUAUAAACCCAGACUGGGUGCUAAGCGACACGGACGAGCAAUUAAUUGUGUUCAUCCCCUUCCAAUCCUCCACCAAGGUUCAUUCUCUACAAAUAACUUCACUCCCGCCAUACAGCGAUGACGAAGAGAAUGCACCUAUGCGGCCAAGGACUAUAAAGCUCUUUACAAACCACGCCCACAUUAUCGGAUUUGAGGAUGCGGAUGACUCCAAACCUGUGCAGACUUGCGAAAUAUCUCCGAAGGAUUGGGAUCCAAAGACGGGCACUGCCACUGUUGAGCUCCGGUACGUCCUGUUCCAGGGAGUUUCUUCCCUCAAUGUGUAUUUUGUCGACGGUGACGGAGAGGGCGAGAAGAUAAGAGUAGACAGACUACGCAUCUUCGGCGAGAAAGGGGAGAAGAGAGAAGGUGUUAUAGAGAAGGUUGGCGCUUCAGGCAAUUGAAACAGGCACUCAAUGGUAUUCCAGAAAAAUAUAUCACUUCAUAAACAAAAGGAACCUUCGUAGCAUAAUAGCAACAGCGGAAGCUUCCAUUCUCAUACACGUAAAGGGUACUCUAGACAAGGUAUAUUCAUUUAAAAGCAGUACAGAAUAGGUAUGCAAUGAGUGUUUGAUCCCAACAAAUGGCCGUUCCUGCUGAUAUAUAGAACGGCCAAUAAAAGUAAGAAUCAACGUGCAAUUUCAUCUCUCUGGGACGCAGCUGACACCUAAAUGGAUAACAUCACUGAUGAACCUGCCUGUACAGACAGCUUCAGACGCAUAGGUAACACGGGUAAUGAUAGUAAUCAUUUUACGUUGCGUUCGCCGCACGAGAGAGAGAAAGGAAGAGAAGAAAAAUAAGAAACAGGCGACGAAAAAAAUCUUUUAUUCCAAGCUCAACAAUUCACGCUAGUCCGUAUACGGACAGAUACAAACGGUGCAAACAGAGUCUCGCCUAAUGCUGAAUAAUUAUAUCACGUGAUAUGGUUUUCUCUCAGUGGUGUCUCUUGCAGAAUUUUUCCCUCUCUUCCCUCUCUUCUUCUUUUCCCUCCUCCAUGGCCGAUGAUGGGAUAUACGGGAGCAUGACUCUCGGUAUCUAUGAAAAACAUAAUAGGAAGAGACUGAAGGGAUAUAUAGCCCAAUGAUCUCACUUGACACUUUCGCUGAGGCCAAAUUUACCAUGUUUUUCCAGUCUGCGUUUUACAUCUUCCAUGUCUAGGAAGGGUAUCUCAAUAAUGCCUUCGUUUGAUUUCCUCUUCCUUUUCCCAGUGGGAUUUAAUCUUUGUCGAUAAAUGACUGGUAUACCAUGACGUCAUGAAGUGAUUACCUUGGUGUCUAUCUUUUCCUGCCGCGGUAAUAAGCAUCCGAGUUAUCAUAUGCUUGCGGAGACUUUGAUAGGUGCAUCCAGAAAACGAAAAAUGGUGCACAUUUUCUGCGUUGUACAUCUCAAGCAAACAUAACCACUCUGUUCAUGUGUCAUUCAUCUUUGGCCGGAGAGACUUACAGGCUUAUGAAUUGAUGGCAGAGGAUAUGAUCGCCUGAUCGACACCAUGCGAUUCUCUUUUGUCGGUUUUGUCUCCCGUACCAUGUGGCACUUUGACAUUCUGGGAGCGGCAAAUUCUGGAUGGCUUUUCUUCUUUCCAUCUGAAGAAGAGAGUUGGGUUAUUGGCAAUAACUUGCAGAUGCUAUCGGAUCUGUCAUGCUUCUGGAAGGCAAACGACGAAAAAAAAAAAAA